UUACCAUGACAAAACUUUAAUUGUUAGUACUUGCUAGUUACAGGUAGAACCAAUACAACCAAUAUCAAUAUAGUUGUUAGUUUGCUAGGAAAAAACAUACAAAUUAUUUGAAUUAUUUUAUUUUCAAUUUUUAAAAUUUCAAUUCUUUUUGUAGAAGAACAUCUUUGAACAUAAAAGGGAGGUUGUUGGUCCCUAUUUGGAGCAUGGGAAUCAUUGGACAUUUUUUUGCCUUUGCUGCAUCAAAAGGCUACCUGGGGCCAUGGAAAAGGAUAAAGCGGGAACAUACCCUUCAGACUGAUAGUAUUUCAUGUGGCAUUUUCACAGCUGUGUUUGCUGAGAUCUUUCUAGAAGGCAAGGAGGAGUAUCUUGCUUGCCCAUCUGUAGAGCAAGAGAGGGAACGACUAGGGUUACUUCUUUUCAAUUCACUUGAUAAGUCUGGUAUUUGUGGUAUCUGUCACCAGAGUGUGUCUGUGAAGAACAAGGGAAGAUGCUCUUCUUGUUUUGCAAAUAUUCAUACAAAAUGUCUACCUGGGAGUCAAGAGGACAGCAGGUGUCUUUUUUGCAAAGGGGGAUUUCUGGUGGAAAGUGCUCUAAAAGUUUCAGACUUUCACCAAGCGAAGAGAUAUCAGGUCACUUCAGAAGAACUACGGAGGAGAUGCUCUCCACCAGAGAGCUACUCUGUGAACACUGUGGUGGCUUAUCUGCGGAAGGCCAAAGGACAAAAAAAAAAAAUUGAAGAGAAGUUGACAGAGAUGGAGGUGAAGCCAUCAAAGCGCACAAAGUUGACUUCACAGUGUUCCAAACUUUGUGAAGAUGAAUGCAGUGAUCUGGCUGGGGAUAUAAUGUACCUGGCAGCAAAAUUCAUCCCAAAGGAAAAAGUGGGUCAAGCCUUGUUGGAGGAUGGGAAUGUCCAUGCGGCCAUGGCCAAAACAGAAGACUGCAGGAAGACACUGGAAGCUGUGAAGAAUACUUUAGAAAGUAACUGGGAAACAUUUGACCUGGCUACACAUGGUCUUGGGCCUGCAGUUAUGAAAGGCACUUUUGCUUUAAUUGAUUCUUGUCUUAAAGAGAAAAUGAGAGCACUGAAAUCAAGACUCCAAAAAUGA